GCAACGUUCUUCAUCCGCAGUGUGUUAUUCGGCUGCAGAAGAGAAUUGUUCGUUUUUAAUGAAGUCGAGAGUAGGCGUGGAGAAGGAAAAGGGUGUGUUGUUAGUUGUAAACUGUUUCCUGGAUCAUCAUCCGUUGAAGUUCGAUUAAAAGCACUCAUUGAUUGACUGGGUGUUAUCUCACCAUGACUACUGACAUUUCAGUACUUGUUCAGUGGGAUUCUUCUGCCCAGCAGGAGAUAGAAGAUUUAGAUUAUGAUGGUGGAAACAGUUCUUCUCGUCUCUUCGAACGAUCACGAAUCAAGGUAUUGGCAGAUGAACGUGAAAAAGUACAGAAGAAAACAUUUUGUAAAUGGGUAAAUUCGCAUCUUGUGAGAGCAAAUUGCCGAAUUACAGAUUUAUAUACAGAUCUAAGAGAUGGAAAAAUGCUUUUGAAACUAUUGGAAAUACUUUCUGGAGAACGUCUGCCAAAACCAACGAAAGGAAAAAUGCGAAUUCACUGCCUUGAAAAUGUUGAUAAAGCUCUACAAUUUUUAAAGGACCAGAGAGUACAUCUUGAAAAUUUAGGAUCUCAUGAUGUUGUUGAUGGUAGUUCUAGACUUACUCUGGGUUUGAUUUGGACCAUUAUCCUAAGAUUUCAGAUUCAAGACAUUACCAUCGAAGAAGUUGAUAAUCAAGAAACAAAAUCUGCUAAAGAUGCUUUGCUAUUGUGGUGUCAAAUGAAAACAGCUGGAUAUCCAAAUGUAAACAUUCGUAACUUUACUACAAGUUGGAGAGAUGGAUUAGCUUUUAAUGCUAUCAUUCACAAACACAGACCUGAUCUCAUUCAAUAUGACAAAUUGUCAAAAUCAAAUGCCAUUUAUAAUUUAAAUAAUGCAUUUAAUGUUGCUGAAGAAAAUCUUGGUUUAACAAGACUUCUAGACCCUGAAGAUGUAUAUGUGGAUACACCAGAUGAAAAAUCUAUUAUUACAUAUGUUGUUACAUACUAUCAUUACUUUUCAAAAAUGAAGGCUGAAACUGUUCAAGGAAGGAGAAUUGGAAAGGUUGUAAGUCAGGCAAUGGAAAAUGAUCAAAUGAUAUUGGAAUAUGAGACGUUAACAUCAGAACUGCUGAAGUGGAUUCAACAUACAAUAUCCUCUCUGUCAGAUAGAAAAUUUGCAAAUUCUUUAUAUGGAGUUCAACAGCAGUUAGCUGCAUUUACCACAUACAGAACUGUGGAAAAACCUCCCAAAUUUAUUGAGAAAGGAAAUUUGGAAGUACUUUUAUUCACUCUUCAAAGUAAAAUGCGUGCAAAUAAUCAGAAACCGUACUUUCCAAAGGAAGGCAAAAUGAUAGCAGAUAUAAAUAGAGCUUGGGAACAUCUGGAAAAAGCAGAACAUGAAAGAGAACUUGCUUUGCGUGAAGAACUGAUCAGGCAAGAAAAAUUAGAACAAUUAGCUGCACGAUUUGAUAGAAAAGCAGGAAUGAGAGAAACAUGGCUUAGUGAAAAUCAGCGUUUAGUAUCUCAAGAUAACUUUGGUUUUGAUUUGCCAUCUGUAGAAGCAGCAGCUAAAAAACAUGAAGCCAUUGAAACUGAUAUCUUUGCAUAUGAAGAAAGAGUCCAGGCAGUAGUUGCUGUUGCACAAGAACUUGAAGCUGAAAACUAUCAUGACAUUGAUAGAAUAAAUGCUAGAAAAGACAAUGUUCUGAGAUUAUGGAACUACUUGUUAGAAUUAUUACGUGCUCGACGUACAAGACUUGAAAUGUCUAUAUCCUUACAACAGACCUUCCAGGAAAUGUUAUACAUACUUGAUUCUAUGGAGGAAUUAAAGGUUCGUUUGAUGUCUGAAGACUUUGGCAAACAUUUAAUGGGAGUAGAAGAUUUAUUACAAAAGCAUAGUUUAGUAGAAGCUGAUAUCAAUGUUUUAGGCGAACGUGUAAAAGGAGUUGUUCAACAUUCACAGAGAUUUGUAGAAAUUGAAGCAGAUGCUUAUCGUCCAUGUGAUCCUCAGUAUGUAAUUGAACGCAUUCAGCAACUUGAGGCAGCUUAUUCAGAAUUGGUACAAUUGGCACUUGAUAGACGUAAUAAAUUGGAAGAAUCACGCAAGCUGUGGCAAUUUUAUUGGGAUAUGGCAGAAGAGGAGGCUUGGAUCAAAGAAAAAGAACAAAUUCUGUCUUCUGAAGAUAUUGGUCAUGAUUUAACAACAAUCCAUCUCUUAAUCAGUAAAAACAAAGCACUGGAAGAUGAUAUUGCAGUUCAUGAACAACAGUUGGUAGCAGUUAUUAAGGUUGGAGAAGAUUUAAUUUCAGCACAGCACUUUGGUUCAGAUAAAAUCCAAGAAAGAAUUAGAGAAAUUCAAAUAUUACUUGUUCGUUUGAUGUCUGAAGACUUUGGCAAACAUUUAAUGGGAGUAGAAGAUUUAUUACAAAAGCAUAGUUUAGUAGAAGCUGAUAUCAAUGUUUUAGGCGAACGUGUAAAAGGAGUUGUUCAACAUUCACAGAGAUUUGUAGAAAUUGAAGCAGAUGCUUAUCGUCCAUGUGAUCCUCAGUAUGUAAUUGAACGCAUUCAGCAACUUGAGGCAGCUUAUUCAGAAUUGGUACAAUUGGCACUUGAUAGACGUAAUAAAUUGGAAGAAUCACGCAAGCUGUGGCAAUUUUAUUGGGAUAUGGCAGAAGAGGAGGCUUGGAUCAAAGAAAAAGAACAAAUUCUGUCUUCUGAAGAUAUUGGUCAUGAUUUAACAACAAUCCAUCUCUUAAUCAGUAAAAACAAAGCACUGGAAGAUGAUAUUGCAGUUCAUGAACAACAGUUGGUAGCAGUUAUUAAGGUUGGAGAAGAUUUAAUUUCAGCACAGCACUUUGGUUCAGAUAAAAUCCAAGAAAGAAUUAGAGAAAUUCAAAGUAUGUGGGAUCAUCUUCAAGAAUUGCAGUCAGCAAGAACUAGAAGAUUGGUUGAAGCCAUUGAUUAUCAUCAAUUCUUUGCUGAUGCAGAUGAUGUUGAUACAUGGAUGCUUGAUAUAUUAAGAUUAGUUUCAAGUGAAGGUGUUGGUCGAGAUGAAGCUAAUGUGCAAUCUUUGUUGAAAAAGCAUAAAGAUGUGACAGAUGAAUUGAAAAACUAUGCAAAUAUUAUUGAUGCUCUUCACCAACAAGCAGGAAACCUUGGAACUCAGUACCGAGAAGCACCUGAAGUAUUAGAACGUCUUGCAAGCAUUGACAGAAGAUACAAAGAAUUACUUGAAUUAGCAAAAUUAAGGAAACAACGAUUGCUUGAUGCUUUAUCUCUCUAUAAACUUUUCAAUGAGGCUGAUGGAGUUAAUCAAUGGAUUGAAGAAAAGGAAAAAAUGUUGGAUAGUAUGGUUAUGAGCAGAGAUAUGGAAGAUAUAGAAGUUAUGAAACAUAGAUUUGAAGGAUUUGAACAAGAAAUGAAUGCUAAUGCAUCAAGAGUUGCUGUAGUAAAUCAAUUAGCUCGCCAAUUACUUCAUGUAGAACAUCCAAAUUCAGAAGAAAUAUUAGCACGACAAAAUCAAAUUAAUCAAAGGGAAGCAGAAAGUAUUCAAGAAAGAAUUAUGCAAAUCAAAAUUGUUUGGGAGCAACUUACUCAAUUGCUCAAAGACAGAGAUGCUAAGUUGGAAGAAGCUGGUGACUUGCACAGAUUUUUGCGAGAUCUUGACCAUUUCCAGACAUGGCUAACAAAAACACAGACAGAUGUAGCUUCAGAAGAUAUUCCAUCAAAUCUUGCAGAGGCUGAAAAGUUAUUGAGUCAGCAUCAACAAAUAAAAGAAGAAAUUGAUAAUUAUACAGUAGAUUACAAUGACAUGAUGGAAUAUGGAGAGAAAAUUACACAAGAUCAGACUGAUCCUCAGUACAUGUUCUUAAGAGAAAGAUUGAAAGCUUUGCAAGAUGGAUGGGCAGAACUUCACCAAAUGUGGGAGAACCGCCAGCAACUUUUGUCACAGAGUCUUAAUCUGCAAAUGUUCUUACGUGAUGCAAAGCAGACUGAAGUUCUUCUUAAUCAACAAGAGCAUUAUUUGUCUAAAGAUGAAACACCAACAAAUCUUGAACAAGCUGAAAAUCUGAUUAAGAGACAUGAAGCUUUCCUUACAACAAUGGAAGCAAAUGAUGAAAAGAUUAAUGGAGUCAUACAGUUUGCACAAAGACUCUGUGAUGAAGGACAUUUUGCAUCUGACAAGGUCAACAAGAAAGCAGAAAAUAUUAGUGAAAGACGUAAUGCUAAUCGUGCUAAAGCUUUAGAACAAAUGGAGAAAUUGAAAGAUGAAUUACAAAUUCAACAAUUUUUGCAGAAUUGUGAAGAGUUGUCUGAAUGGAUACAAGAAAAAUAUAUUAUUGCACAAGAUGAAACUUAUCGCAGUGCUAAAACUGUACAUAGUAAAUGGACGCGUCAUCAAGCAUUUGAUGCUGAGGUAGCAUCAAACAAAGAUCGAAUGUAUAAAGUGGAACAGGAAGGACAUGAGUUGAUGAAAGAGAAACCUGAAAUGGCUAGUAUAAUUGAACCUCGUUUAGCAGAAUUAUCACAGCAGUUUGAAGCAUUGGAAAAUACAACUAAAGAAAAAGGAGAGAAAUUGUUUGAUGCAAAUAGACAAGUAUUGUAUGAACAGACUUGUGAUGAUAUUGAUUCUUGGAUUACUGAACUUGAAAACCAAGUAUUGACAGCAGAAACUGGACAAGACUUGACUAGCGUCAAUCUCAUAUUGCAAAAACAGCAGACAAUAGAAACACAGAUGGCAAUCAAGACGAAACAAGUUACAGAAUUACAGUCACAAGCAGAAUAUUUAGAAAGAAUGGAUCCUGAAAAAACAGAAGAAAUUAAAGCUAAAAAAGAAUUUGUUGAAAGCAGAUUUCAACGUCUUCAAGCACCUCUCUUGGAACGAAAAGAACAGCUUCUUAAAAAGAAAGAAGCCUAUCAAUUCCGUAGAGAUGUGGAAGAUGAAAAACUAUGGAUUCAAGAAAAAAUGCCUCUUGCAACUUCUGAGGACUAUGGUAAUAGUCUGUUUAGCGUUCAGAUGUUGAAAAAGAAAAAUCAGUCUCUGCGAACUGAAAUUGAUAAUCACGAACCAAGAAUCUACAGUGUGUGUGAAAAUGGUCGCAAGUUAAUAAGUGAAGGUCAUGAAGAUUCAAAAGAAUUCCAAAGUCUAAUAGAUGAAUUAACUCAUCUAUGGGAAGAAUUGAAGAAAGCUAUUGACUACAGAAAAGAAAAAUUAUUAGAAGCUGAGAAAGCCCAUCAGUAUUAUUUUGAUGCUUCCGAAGCAGAAGCAUGGAUGAGUGAACAGGAAUUAUACAUGAUGGUUGAUGAUAGGGGCAAAGAUGAAAUAAGUGCACAGAAUCUAAUGAAAAAGCAUGAAAGUUUGGAGAAUGCUGUUGAAGAUUAUGCAGAGACAGUGAGACUACUUGGAGAAGUAGCUAAGCAAUUAGUUUCAAGUGAACACCCUGAAAGUGACCAGAUUGCCAUCAGACAGUCUCAAGUUGAUAAGUUAUACGCUGGUUUGAAAGAUCUUGCCUUGGAAAGAAGAGCUAAACUAGAAGAAGCUUUGAAAUUGUUCUGUUUGAAUCGUGAAGUAGACGAUUUGAUGCAAUGGAUUCAAGAGAGAGAGCUUGUUGCUGGUUCUCAUGAACUUGGUCAAGAUUAUGAUCAUGUCACAAUGCUCAGAGACAGGUUUAAGGAAUUUGCUCGUGACACUGAAGUAAUUGGCACUGAACGUGUUGCCAUAGUUAAUGAGAGUGCAGAUUUCCAGAUAGCAUCAGGACAUUCGGAUAGUGCAACAAUUGCCCAAUGGAAAGAUGCAUUAAAUGAAGCAUGGGCUGAUCUGUUAGAAUUAAUUGAUACACGCACUCAAAUGUUAGCUGCAUCUUGGCAGCUACAUAGGUUCUUUCAUGACUGUAAGGAUGUCUAUGGUCGUAUAUUGGAAAAACAAAAUGCAAUGUCUGAUGAACUUGGUAGAGAUGCUGUUAGUGUUUCAAGUUUACAAAGGAAACAUGCUGGUUUUGAACAUGAUCUUCAAACUCUUGGCACAGCUGUUCAACAAAUACAAGAAGAAUCUGCUAAAUUACAAACUGCAUAUGCUGGAGAAAAAGCCAAAGAGAUAACCAAUCGAGAAGCAGAAGUUGUUGGAGCUUGGCAAAAGUUGUUAGCUAUGUGUGAAGCCAGGAGAAGUAAGUUAGCCGACACUGGAGAUUUGUUCCGUUUCCUCAAUAUGGUUCGUGAUUUGAUGCUCUGGAUGGAAGAUGUUGUAAGACAAAUGAAUACAUCAGAAAAACCAAGAGAUGUAUCUGGUGUAGAGUUACUGAUGAACAAUCAUCAAAGUUUGAAGGCAGAAAUUGAUGCUAGAGAAGAUAACCUUUCAACAUGUAUUAAUCUUGGAAAAGAGUUAUUAGCACGAAACCAUUAUGCUUCAAAUGAGAUAAAAGAAAAAUUGUUGGCAUUAACAAAUCAGAGAACUUCAAUGAUGGAUCGAUGGGAAGAAAGAUGGGAACAUUUACAACUAAUCCUUGAAGUGUAUCAGUUUGCUAGAGAUGCUGCAGUUGCUGAAGCCUGGUUGGUUGCACAAGAACCAUAUCUGCUUAGUCAAGAAUUAGGGCAUACUAUUGAUGAAGUUGAACAAUUAAUAAAGAAACAUGAAGCAUUUGAAAAGAGUGCAACAGCUCAAGAAGAAAGGUUUGCUGCUUUGGAACGGUUAACAACGCUUGAGUUGAAAGAACAAGAACGUCAUUCUCGGGGACACGAAGAUCGUCAGCAAGCGUAUCACAUGCUGGACGAACAUAUGAGACGUUCCGGCUAUUAUGAUGGGUUUGAAUUAAAAGAAUUAAAACGUAGAGAAGAAGAACUAGAAAGACAGAGGCAAGAAGAACUAGCAAAAAUGGUUCCACAAAUUCCAUUACAGGAAACACCAACUAAAACUGACAGGACUGAUGGAGAAGUUGCAGUUGAAGCAGAACCUGAACAGCCAGUAGUGAAUGGUGAACAAGAAGCGGCAGCAGAACCAAAACCAGAAGUUUCAACACUGGAGAGAGAAAAGAAAAAACAACGUUCUCGCUCCACUUCUCCGUUCGGUAGCUGGAAAAAGAAGAAACAGGUAGCUGAAGAUAUAGAAACUAGCACACCAGUGCCAGAAAAGACAAGCCUUGCUGCCAGUCCCGUUGAGGAGGAAUUGCAGUUUGAAGGUCUCCUUGUCAGAAAACAUGAAUGGGAAUCUACGACAAAGAAGGCUUCCAAUAGAUCUUGGGAUAAAAUAUACGUUGUGCUGCGUGGUAGUCUUUUGUAUGCUUACAAGGAUCAGAAACAUUUCAAACAGAAACCAGACAGCUAUUAUCACGGAGAAACACCCAUAGACAUGAAAGGAAGUACGGCCGAUGUCGCCACAGAUUACACCAAGAAGAAACACGUAUUCAGGCUGAAAUUAUCCAAUGGUGGCGAAUAUCUGUUCCAAGCUAAAGACGAGGAAGAAGUCAAUGUGUGGAUAGAGAAGCUACAGGCCGCUUCCGGAGAGGGAGAGGGAGCGGGACCGUCACACUCCCAGACGCUACCGGCCAAGGGAGAGGGAGACAAAAAAGACGAACACAAACGCCACGGAUUUUUCACACUAAAGAAAAAUUAGACAACCCGACGAGCGGCGAAGUAUCCAUCCAGAAAGAGUCUUUGCGGCAGGACAACACUUACUCUACAGAAAACAGUUGCCGGAGUAUCUUCCCUUCCCCGUAAUUUUGUUUUUUUUUUAUUAUUAUUAUUUUUUAGCUUGGUUCCUAUCUUCCCUCUGUAUACAUCUUUCCUUUAUUGUUAAACUGGUGAGGUAAAUGUUAUGUAUAUGUCUUAAAUAUUUCUGCUGUGAUUGUUAUAAUAGUUUUGUACUGUAAUGACAUUUUAAUUAAAAAAAAGAAAAAAAAAGGUAAGAAGAUACAGAUGGGGAGACUUUAUUGCGUGUUAUGGUAGUGUUUUCCCCCUUUAUUUUUUGUUUUAACGCCAGAGGCCGUCUCUAAAUAAAAGUUACACUUGCACGGUUAGAAUUGUUUGUUUCCCCCGAGGAAUAAAAAUUUCCCGAUAUUUUAUAUUGUAUUUUCAUGGAAGAAAAUAAAAGGUCGGGCACUCUUCCGUCAUGCCACGUUUGGUGUUCUAAUCUGGUUCGAGGGGGGAGAAGAAACAAAUUGUCUUGUAGAAAAAAAACAAAAAAAAACAUCUGAAAUAAAUUUAUCAUUCUAUAUAUUAAUUCAAACUUUCGAUUGUUUUCCGUCUGUAUUCGAUCACCGUUACGAUUGUUGUGGUAUAUGAAGCUUUGGAAUAUUUAGAAAAAAAAAACAAUGCGCCUGUUGCAGAGUUUUAUGUAUAAUAAUGAAAGCUUUCUGUCCCACAUCUCUGUUACUUUUGUAUCUAGAAAUAAAUAUCA